AUGUCGACGUCAAAUUAGAGAAAGAGAAAGGAAUAACAGUUUGUUGUGUUGUUUGGAAGGAAAAAUACAUUUAUUAUCCAAAAUCAAGUGCGAAUUGAUUAGGACGGGGCUUUCCUCAUACUAAACUAACAAAAAAUCAUAAAAUUUCAGCCAUACUUGCAGUUGGCCAAAAAACAUGAGUACCAAAAAUGAGAUUGAUACCAUAGUGGUUAAAGAUGAGAAAGACGAUGAUGAUAGCGAUGUUGAAAUUGUUGGAACCACACCUGGACUCGUUGAUGUACCCGAAUACAUAGACCCAAAAUCUUUGAGCUCACUUAUGAGCCAACCAAAAGAAGAGUUACCCCCAAUGGUCGAAAAGAUAGUUAAAAAUUUAUCCAAUGAUGAGGAGUUUGAAAGGGAAUGUGACAAAUAUUACCAAGCUAACCUCGAUAUGGAUGUUCAGGUGGUUUCAGUUGAUGUAGCAAAGGUUUUGGCGGAUCCAAUUAAGUUACCAACACCCACUAUAAAGUUGAAUUUGAAUGGAGAGAUAAAUGAUAUAAGAACACAAAAUGAUUUACCUGUAAUAUGCAACCUUUGCGAGGAUUCAGACGACCAUGUUGAACUUCUCUUGGUACAUUUAAAAGAAAAUCAUCAUCUGAGAGAUGGAAAUUAUGUUUGUCCUUUUUGCGACUAUACAUCACCAAAAUACGAGGUCGUCAUGAAGCAUACUACCAAAGUCCACAAACUGAGCAGCGAGCAACUGUCUUGUGAUCAGUGUGAAUUUCAAACAUUCCGCGGUGAUCUCUUCAAUCGUCAUUCCAACAAACAUAUGAGGGAAAAGGUUUAUUCGUGUGAAAAAUGCAAAUUCAACACUACAAAUCUGGCGAGUUUCAAGAUGCACUUGAGCUAUAAACACACUAAAGACGCAGAGUUCAAAUGUAAAUAUUGCGAAUUCAAGUCCCUGUCCAGUGCAUCGGUGACGAGACACGAGAACAGCAAACACGCCAAAGAGCGCUUGUUCAAGUGCGAACACUGUCCUUACACUUCGGCACUAGCACAGAGUCUCAAACGACACCUUGAACGUUACUGCAAGAAUCGGAUUUGGAGGAAGUUCAAGCACCAAUGCGAAGAAUGCACUUAUAAAACAGACGAUCAGACAGCCUUCGAAAAUCACGUGCUGAUAAACCACCCGAAGAAGGAGAUUCUGUUCUGUAACAUAUGCGAAUUUGAGACUACCGAAGAUAAGGAACUGAGGGAACACGCCGAAAAGCAUUUGAAAAGUGAACCGAUGGAUUAAUAGUUGCCUACCUUCAAAUCGAUCUGAGGUACUCGCCAUUAGAGACGAGACUAGUUUAAAUGAAAUCGAACCAAGAAACGGUUGGGGUACCGUGGUGCAUUCCUUGAAAAUGUGUAAUCUGUGGAAUCUACGAGGUUGACUUGUUUCGCGGAUAACCUUUGUAUUUGAAAUAAACGAUCAGUUGAUAUGAA